AUGGAUCUCUUGAUAUGUUCAAUGUGCGGAUCCCAGCAUGAUACACGGUUCGCCAAAUCGUGCAAAAUAUGCGAUGAUCCACGACAAUAUAUCCCACAGGAAGGACAAUCAUGGACAACGCUUCGCCAGCUGCAACAAUCCAAAAAAUACCACAAUGAGUUCCGCAUGGAUAAGAACCAUUCAGGUCUUAUCAGUAUCCUCACCGUGCCUCAAGUAGGCAUUGGCCAACGGGCCUUCCUGUGCUGCACCCCUGCCGGCAACGUGCUCUGGGACUGCAUCACAUAUAUCGACGACGACACGGUCCGUCAGAUCAAAGAGCUGGGCGGCAUCAAGGCAAUUGUCAUCUCACAUCCGCACUACUACUCUACCUCCGUCCAUUGGGCGGAGGAAUUCCGUUGUCCCGUCUACAUAUCCGCUGAUGAUGAAGAGUUCCUGAUGCGUCAUGCCCCUACGACAAGGUCAAUUACCGCAACCCAAAGUGCGAAGGGCCACGAUUCGUUUCCCGGCCAUUUGCUUUGGGAAGGCAAGGAGUUGAAUCUUCUAGACGGCACAUUUACGGCUAUCAAAGUUGGUGGUCACUUUCCUGGGAGCUCAGUGCUGCUGUGGAAGGAGGCGAAAAAGCUCCUGAUUGCAGAUAGUAUCCUGGUGGUACCAAGUGGUGUAUAUCAUGUUGACCGUUUGCCCGGAACCACGUCGUUUACGUUCAUGUGGUCGUAUCCUAAUUUUAUUCCCUUACCCCCAGAUGAUGUGUAUGCAAUUUGGAAAUCCCUCGCCCACCUUGACUUUGAAGACACGCAUUCCGCGUUUUGGGGGCGGGAUACGAUUGGCCAGAGCAAGAAGAGGCUUUUGGAGAGUGCACAGAUAUAUAUUAAAGCUGCGGGAUAUGUUGACCAUGCGAUUCAUCGAGAGAACUUCAAGGAGUAG